CCUCAGUGCUCACGGCCCUUUUCCCAGCCAGUACACGGCUCAGAGCGAAGCCAAGCGGACGUGCGCCACUCUCCGGUACCGCCCGCCUCUCGCCCUCACUAGUUUCAAGUAGCUUCCCUACAACACACUGCGUCUCACGGUGGCGCCGCUAAUUCCUGGAUAACUGUGCCGGCUGCGUCUACAGACUUCUUGGCCGUAUACAACGUUAAUUCUCAGGUGACUAAUAUGAAAAACCGUGAGCGAUUUUACGGUAGAUUCCGUUUUUUGACGCUCCGCUUAUUUUCUUUUUUCCAUAUCCGGUUCUGAGAAAACUGAAAUGGUACCUUGUAAUUACUGUCAUUACUAAACAAAGAAAACUUGUGUUGUUUGGAAUAUGUCGAUACUGAGAAAGACGCGAAUUUAAAGAAGAAAAGAAAAAAAAAAGCAUCACGGACUUGAUCCGAUAACAUGUUUUAUGUAAACUUUAGACGACCAUGACAAGCCAAGAAUUAUAACGUAUUUUGUCUCGCCUCGAAGUAAUCCGAGAAAAUAUUGCCUACCUUGUGACAUUUUCAAAAGUGCUGCCAGUCUGUACCGGAGUGUGAUCGCCUUAAGCGCCACGCCUUGACUCACACUCAGGUGAUCCAGUCAACUUGUCCGGAUCUCGUCUCUCGAGUGUGCUGAAGCCUCGUCUCACUCACUCCCGAACAUUUGUCCUUACGUCCUUUGGUCAUCCGAGACGUGACGCAACUCAGUGGAGUCUGUCACGGGACUUUCUGAUUAAAGACCCCACAAAAGUUCAUUUUACAUGAACCAUAAAGAGAUAAAGAGAACAAGGUGCCGGCCGGCCUUCCCUCAUAAUCAGUCAGCACAUUCAAGCUUCACAUAAGUUUCAGAGUCCGCGGGACGUAGCGAGUGUCUGUGCCCAGUGUCACAGUGCCACAAGCUAUCUCGCCUCCCACGGUCUCUACUGCUUCUUUCACGGUCUCCUGACCUCUUUCCUGGCCGCCUUCGCCGUCACCUCCAUCAUCUUCCACGUCGUUUUCUUCACCUAUUUCUCCUCUUCCUCCACCGUCGCUAUCAUGGAUCUUCUCACUCAAGUGUACUUCAGUAUAGCCGUGUUGACACUGACGAGAGGGGAAAGGCUCAUCCCCCCGCCGCCCCUCAUCACAGACCAGCCUUACUUCGACUCCUCCAUGCUGGUGAAUCAGACAGCACACGUCGGGAGGCAGGCCGAGCUUCACUGCCGCGUCCACUCCAUUGGAAACAGAACGGUGUCGUGGAUUCGAGGGCGGGACUUGAGGAUAUUGACAGUGGGUCGCUACACCUACACGACAGACCUUCGCUAUGAGGCGCUGCACCAGAACGGCACCAACCAGUGGACGCUUAGAAUCAGGUCAGCCCAGCCACGUGACCAGGGCACCUACGAGUGUCAGGUCAGCACGAAGCCAGUCAAGACCUUCAAUACCUUCCUGAGGGUGCUGGAGCCGCGCGGGGAGAUCCUGGGCUCGCCUGACUUGUACGUGCAGAAGGGCAGCAUGAUCAACCUGACGUGUGUGUUGCAUGACCUGCCAGAGCCGCCCCGCUACGUGCGCUGGUAUCACAGCAACAAACACCACAGCAACAAGAACAUAAGCUACAGCAGCAGUCGUGGAGGCGUGUCUUUGAUCGUGGAGAAGGGCCCCACCACCAUCAGUCACCUGCUCAUCACCUCUGCUCGUGUGGAGGACAAAGGCGUGUACACCUGCGCACCCUCCAACCUUAAUUCCACUUCCGUCACGCUGCACGUUCUCAAUGGUAAAGGAGAGCACCCGGCAGCCAUGCAGACCAACAGUGCAGCCGCUGUGUUGGGGAGCGUGAGUCUACUCCUGGCUGCUGCCGUUGCCAGAAUACUGUGUCAAGGAUGGGUUCAUGGUACCUAACUCUCUUCAGCAAUCGGGUCUGAGACUUGAGAAGUGUCCGUCCUUACAGGUCAUGUCUGAAGGUGUUGAGAAAUGUGAAACUCUGCCAGACUCCAACAAACUGCGCCGUUCCAUUACUGUCACGAUGUCACGAAGAUCAACAACCCAGACUCACGACGUGAAGAUGAACUGUAUCAAGGGGAAAAUCAGAACGGCGCCGCACAUCCUGAGGAGCUGCAACAUUCCUUCUCACCUUCCUUGUGUCCUGUCUCAGUGGCUGUCCCUUGUGUGUCAGUUUUGAUGAGUUUUUUCAUCUUGUCUUUGCUUUUUGACCACUGAGAUUCAGCCCAUGUAAAAAUGCUUCCGUCUAUACCUUUGAUGUAAAUAAGUAAUGUAAUAAUAUUCAGAGUCUUGUUAAUACACUAUUGCCUGAUAUAAAAUGCCUAAAAAGCUAAAUGUUAAGAGCAUUAUCACUAUUUUUUUAUAUGAAAAAAAUAUAUACAUGUUAUGUAGGUUAAGGAAAAUACAAGAAAACCUGCAUGCGAGACCAAUGAUAUGAAAUGUAUGUAAACUAAUGUCUGCCAAGGUGGUGCACGCUGUAAUUUCAUUAAUAACUAGUAUGAAAUAAUGUGUAAUGUACUACCGUUUUGUGACUUCCUUUUUGUAUUUUCUCUUACAUUUUCCUCCUUAAUGGUCGAACAACAACAUAGGCAACACUAAUUAAUGCUAACGUGUGCUGUAGAUAUUUACACCUUUUCUAUUCCUAAGCAUUGAUAAUUCUCCGUAAAUCAAGAGCUGGAACUCUGCAAAACCAUUUGGUUGUGCCUUCCUUAGCCACUGUGUUGUACGUACGUAGGUGUGCCAUUACUGUAUGGUAGCACAAAUAAAAUGUAUGAUGCUGUUCCUGCACCCCUAUCCUAAAACGUGUUCAGUCUUGCUACAAAACAUACUGAAGCUUGAUGGAUUCAUGAACUGUGUUGUUACCAAGACAGGAGAUCUUCAGAGUUCAUUUCAGACAAUUUCAUAUUUACACUUCCUCUUCACAAAGAAAAAAAUCUAUCUAUCUAUCUAUCUAUCUAUCUAUCUAUCUAUUUAUCUAUCUAUCUAUCUAUCUAUCU